AGAAUGAAAGCGUCCAAGAAAUAAUGGAAGCUUUGAGGCUUAAGUUUAGGGUUAUCCGUGCAGCUUUGGGUGUUAAAUUGGAAUAUGAUGGGAACCCAAAACCCAAGGACAUCGAAUUUUGAUUUGACAUAUUAUUUAGCUCUUACAAGCUGAAAGAGGACCAGAAAACAUAUGUUGAACAAGAUGCUGGCUUGUGGGAAGGUGUACAUUUCUGAAAGCCGAAACAGAGCAGCUUUAGAGUUGAUAGAACGAGCUGCUGCGAAGCUAUUCCCUGAGGCUGCUAUUGUGAACAAGUUUGUAGAUGUGACUUACAAUAGAGUUGGUUAUACGGUUGUCUCCAGAUUGACUCCAGAACCAUCGCAAGAUUCAUUUCCUCUGAAUGGUGCAGUGUUUGCCAUUGUUAAGGCUGCUUUGGAAACCAUCGACUUGGAGUUGCAUUCUGGGACUCAUCCUCGACUUGGAGUUGUUGAUCAUAUAUGUUUUCACCCCUUGGGACAAACUACCUUGGACCAGGCAGCUGCAAUUGCAAAGUCCUUGGCAGCAGAUAUAGGCUCCAAACUUCAAGUACCUACAUUUCUUUAUGGAGCUGCCAAUGAAGGGGGAAGAUUGCUUGAUUCAAUCAGAAGAGAACUGGGUUAUUUCAAGCCUAACCCUGGCGGUGUUCAAUGGUCCGGAGGGACAAGAUCAGAGUCCUUGCCCCUGAAGCCUGAUGCAGGUCCAGCUCAAGUGUCUUCAGCAAAAGGUGCUAUUAUAAUUGGGGCAAGCCAUUGGGUUGGUAACUACAACGUCCCUGUGCUCUCAACUGAUAUCGCUGCUGUUCGUAGAAUUGCUAAACAAGUGAGUGAGAGAGGAGGUGGACUUCCUUCAGUGCAAGCCAUGGGACUUGCACAUGAUGAUGGUGUGACUGAGGUGGCCUGUAAUUUGUUGGAACCAAGUAAAGUUGGAGGAGAUAGAGUUCAGCUUGAAGUUGAGAGGCUUGCAAAGGAAGAGGGUUUGAGUGUAGGGAAGGGGUAUUUCACUGAUCUUUCACAGGACAAGAUAAUUGAAAGUUACAUUAAAUUGAGUUCUUCCUAACUAUCGGAUGAAAUAUGGUCUUGGAGGUUAUGAAAUUGCAGUUGUUAUAAAACGAGAGACAGCAGAACGCAAGUAUUCUUUUAGAUGACUAGGGUCUGAAGUUUAAGUCAGAAGUUAAUUAAUUUUGUUGGUGCUAUUAAAUAUUCAGACAUGCUGAUGAACUUCACCAUAUCAGAGUAAUGUUACAACCAUAUCACUUUUAAAUUUCAUCUUACCUUUUUUUUU